AUGGCACACUGUAAGACAGAGCAGGAUGACUGGCUGCUGGCCCACCUGAAGUACUUGCUCUUCAUCUUCAACUUCUUCUUCUGGGUAGGUGGGACAGCCGUCAUGGCCGUGGGUAUCUGGACACUGGUGGAGAAGAGCGGUUACCUCAGCAUCUUGGCCUCCAGCACGUUCGCUGCCUCUGCUUACAUCCUCAUUUUCGUUGGUGGUCUUGUCAUGACAACUGGUUUCCUGGGCUUUGGGGCCAUCAUCCGGGAACAGAAGAGCUGUCUCUCCACAUAUUUCUGCCUGUUGCUGGUCAUCUUCCUUGUGGAGCUGGUGGCAGGGGUCCUGGCACAUGUGUACUACCAGAGGCUGAGUGACGAGCUGAAGCGGCACCUGAACAGCACCCUGACUGAGCACUACGGGCAGCCCAGGGCCGCAGAGAUCACAGCCUCCGUGGACCGGCUGCAGCAAGACUUCAAAUGCUGUGGCAGUAACAGCUCAGCCGACUGGCAGCACAGCGCAUACAUCUUGUCUCAGGAAGCACUGGGUCGCCAGGUGCCCGACAGCUGCUGCAAGACAGUGGUAGCCCGCUGUGGUCAGCGGGUCCACCCCUCCAACAUCUACAAGGUAGAGGGAGGCUGCGUGGCCAAGCUGGAGCAGUUCUUGGCUGACCACCUGCUGCUCAUGGGAGCAGUGGGCAUUGGGGUAGCCUGUCUUCAGAUCUGCGGGAUGGUCCUCACCUGCUGCUUGCACCGACGGCUCCAGCAACACUUUUAUUAGAGGAUCCCCCUGUAGCCCGCUGACCGGCCCACACAAGGGCUCACAUC